GCAGAAAGGAAGAGAAUCCUUCCCGGAGAAAACAAGAUGACCGCGACAGAACGAGAAGAUGCGGUGUCCCAGUGCAUCGGGGAGUUCGGCCGGUGGCAGCUCCUCAUGACCUUCCUCUUGUCCUUGUUCAACUUUCCAUGCACCUUCCACAUCUUCGCCACCACCUUCGAAGCCGCCCCCGCGGACUUCCGAUGCGCCAAACCAUCCUACAGCCCCCUCACUCAAGAUCAAUGGCUCAACGUCAGCACUGUUACAGGGAUUGUGGGCGGAAAGCUGAAGAUAGAUGGAUGCAGGAUUAAAAAUUUGGACUACAGGCUCAGUUAUGAAGAAUUAAUCCGAACUGAGCCAAAUGAUACCAGGCCAUGCUCUUCCUGGGACUAUGACACUUCACAAUUUGGAGAGACCAUUGUCACUGAAUGGAACUUGGUUUGUGAGCGAGAACAGCUGAGCAAUAUUGCUGAAAUGAUGUUUCUGCUUGGAGUAGCUAUUGGUGGAUUUGCCUGUGGACUAUUUUCUGACAAAUUUGGAAGGAAAAAAACUUUGAUGGUGUCACUAUUAGUCCAGAUAAUGAUCGGUGUGGCCAUAGCUUUUACUCCUUGGUACUCUCUAUACUUAGUAUUCAGAUUUAUCUUGGGCAUCUUUUCAGUCAGUGUGGUUUUCUCUGGCUUUGUUCUCUGCAUGGAGCUGGUUGGAGGAAAAUGGCUGACCAUCUCAGGUGUUUCCUACUUGUUCCCAUUGCCACUUGGAUAUAUAACUAUCUCUGGGAUAGCUUAUUUCAUUAAAGGUUGGAGAUCAUUACAGCUGGCGAUAACUUUACCUGCUCUCGCAUUUCUUCCUUUAUGGUGGGUUCUUCCUGAAUCUCCUAGGUGGCUUUUGACGAUGUGUCAAGGAGAAAGAGUCAUAAGUGUACUUAAAAAAGCUGCUAGGUUCAACGGCAAAGAACUUCCAGGAAAUGCUGAUAAAAUAAUCAAACAGAGCAUGGCACGAAGUGGUGAGCAGCCACCAAAGGUGGGAGCUCUGGAUUUGUUUAGGACAGCCUACAUGAGAAAAAUCUCAUUACUUUUAUAUGUUGUAUGGUUUUGUGUCUACCUUGUAUACUAUGGGUUGGUUUUGAAUCUUUCUAAUCUUGGUGGUGAUGUUUAUGUAAAUUCAAUUAUAUCAGGUGCAGUUGAGUUUCCUGCUAUAGCAGUCAGUAUUUUAUUUCUUUUGAAAAUGGGGAGAAGAUGGCCUCUCUCACUAACAACAGCGGGGGCUGGAAUAGCUUGCUUAAUGACUGUUGUUGUCAAAAAUGAUGACUGGCUUCGUUUGGCUCUUGCUAUGGUUGGACGACUUUGCAUUAGUUCUUCAAAUGUUGUAAUGCCAGUAUUCACAGCUGAACUGUUUCCAACAUCUAUGAGAAACCUUGGCGUAGGAUCUUCCAAUGCUCCAGCGGGUGUUGCCUUAAUAUUGGUGCCCUAUCUCUGGAAUAUGGCUGGAAUGAAUGAAAAUAUGCCUAUGGCUGUCCUGGGGCUCUGUGGUGUGCUAGGAGGCGCAGCUGUUUUACUUCUUCCCGAGACAGGAGGCUUAGUUGAAGAUAUUGGGCAAACUUAA